AUGGACACCCGCGAUGUGCGGGUGGUCAUCAUGCAGGACACCCUGAGCUCCGUCCCUGCUUCUCUUUUGUAUGAUAGCCAGCCUCCUCCGCCUCCCGUGAACCAGCCCACCGAGCGGCCAUCUACCACGAGUGCCUUUGGUCGAAGGGCCUCCGUUCAGGGGCGAGCGCAGAGCCGUGUCGAGACUGAGGCGCAACGCGCCAUGAGGGAGUACGGGGAGGAGAUUGCCACCUUUUCGAGCUGUAUUUUCGGGAAUAAUGAGUUCCUGGCGUACAAGGGCACGUCGACAAAGGUCCACGUCAUGCCAACCGAUCCGAGAAACGAUGUCGCAAACUCCAUCAUUGGAGACGGGCGGGGGUCGAUGGGUCGCUCCAGCAUGAGGUCGAGCAAGCUGUCGCAGUCCUUCUCCUCAGAGAUGAUUUCUCCUUUCAACCCGCCCUCCUCAUCAGCGCCUCGCGCCCCUGAGAAACGGCGUGUUCUCAUCACUCGACUUUUCCCUGUCAACAUCCCCGAUGAUAACAAGUCAUCCGUGACUCCUCAGGGUCGCUUCUCCGAGGACAGCUCUGGCUAUCCCUUCCCGGCACCUGUUGAUGAUGGCUCUGGGAAGCCGCCGAAGAAAGCGACACCAAAGAUGAAAAGAACGCCUAUGUACGCUGUAGCAUUGAUCAUCAACUUACCACAAGGAUUCCUCUCCGUCCACACCGACUGGCUGCAGGCACUAAGCCCAUCCAAGUACCGCAAGCAGUAUUUCCUACAGCAGAAAGCAAAAGGCGAGGAAGACCUGUCCCUGCCUGUUCGAACGAUCGUCGUCGGCCAGGACAAGAUGGCAGCCCGCCGAGUUGUUUUCCUCCUCUCUGCAUUCCUUCCCUCGAACCAACAGCUCGCGAACAUGCGAACACACCGACCGAGCACAUCGGCAUCCUAUGGCGCUUUCUCGCAAUCACCUCCAUCCUACAUAGUGCCCAUCUUGAAGGAAGAGUCGCUCCGGCGCAAGAUCAACCGACGCGGAGCACCGAGGCAGUCAUCGCAUUCGAGAAACGUGAGCAUGCAAGCGCCCUCUACGCGAAGCUCUAUCCCGGCGCAUCUCGCGCACUUGAGCAUGGAUACCCGCCACGAGAGGAGAGCAUCGGAUGCUGCGUCUAUCAAGACAACUAACAUUCCGAUCCUCGGCAACGAUUUUGGGACGAGAAAGAGCAGUGCGGCGACCACGACCACCAUCACGCCAGAGACGAGCAUUCCGCAUUUCGCGACGGCACAUGGCAUCGAAUCUCAAUUCUAUGCCCGACCUGGUAGCAGCAGCAGUGUAGCGGCGGACGAUCUGAAGCGAUCGCUGAAGCGGGGUGACAGUUCAGGGCAAUAUAGCUCGGGAAGCACCGACUCGCGACAAAGCUCUCGCUGGGGUAGUGUCAUUGGCGGGCUAUGGGGAGCUCGCAAGCGAGACUCUACACAUACGACGGUGCAGAGUAGGGACUCUACUGGUAGUCGAGAUAGCUUUUCGUCCUCACCACGGAAGUCCAUAUCUCAACGGAGAGUAUCUCUAGGCAGGAUGGUAGAGGAGGCACAGAUGGUCGACAGUCCAGUGAAAGAGGAGCCGUCCGACUCGACGAGCACGGCGCCACAGACGCCUCGCCAACUGCUCGGUGACACAGAGAGUCUUGGUGGCGGUCCGCCAGAGUCUCGACGAUCAGAGCGAACCCCUGACCCGAACGGAGCCUUCGAGUCCCCAGUCAAGACUACGAUCAACGCCGAUGACGGCAUCAUUGAUGUUGAUGUGCCGUUUCCGGAAUACCUCACCUCGUUCGAGACGGCUGUUAGCUCGCCUUCCAGCAGUGGCUACUUGUCCACGCCAGGGUUCGGUAGUGGGCUCGAGGCCUUUGAACAAGCAUGUCGCUUGUCCAUGGACGGCGACAUGCCCAUGAAUGUGGCGGGAUGGCUCCAAUGCUACCAUCCAGACUUCGUCCUGCAGGCUAUUCCGUCGAGCCCAGAUCUAGUGGAUCAGGUGAAGGCAUCACUGAGAGCGGAGCCCACGCCCUUCACCGCCUCAAGCAUUGAAUCCGAUAGGGAGCGAUGGGUAGACGUGAGCUGCGCACUCAUCGCAGACACGACCAACUUCUCCAUCUCUCUGAUCCGCUACCGCCGCCUCGUCAAGCCCAAGCCGGUCGUCGACAGGAGCACGCCGCUGCUCUCCGGCUCCGUCAACUCGCACACCUCCGCCGCCCUGACGCCGUCCCUCUCGCCGUACGAGCGGUGCAUCGAGGAGGAGUUCACCGAGGAGCCCAUCGUGACCCUCGACGAGACGCUGAUCGAGGCCGUGGAGCGCGUCGUCGCCCUCGGCGCAGACAUCAGCAAGGACAGCUCGGCGGCCUCGUCGCGGUCCGUCAGCCAGCGGCGGGGGAGCACCGGCGAGUCGACCGAGUCCGAGGACCUGCCGCACCUCCCGCCGCCGCCGCCGCAGGAGGUGCCGCGCGGCGAGUGCAAGACCGUGGUGCUGUCGGCGCUGGAGGAGAUUGUCAGGGAGGUCAUCCAGAAGAAGGACCACCCACGAGGCGGCAACGGCCGGGGCCCGCGGGCGAAGGAGAGCGUGCUGAAGGACGCGGUGCGCGUGUGGAUCGAGAGCGUGGAGGCGGGGGAGUGA